AUGGAUACACCCGUACCAGUUAUGAUCAACGAUCGAGACGGAAAUCUGUUGACCGAUCACACAUCAGUGGCUACCAGGUGGAAGGAGCACUUCGAGCGACUAUUGAAUGAGCAAUCAAUGGAAGAGAACAUGAACAGAAUGGGGAUUGAGGAUGAUGGACAAGCUGUGGACCCACCCACGCUAGACGAAAUACGAAAAGCGGUUAGACAUCUUAAAAAUGGAAAGGCCGCUGGGAAGGACGGGAUCCCGGCUGAACUUCUCAAAGUCGAAAGCUCCGUCCAUUGGCAAAAUCCUUUGUCGGCGAAUACCAAUGCGUUUUUCGAGAAUAAGUUUCGGGAGUACAACUUGCGGACUCAUCAUCUGUUUAUAGAUUUCAAAGCUGCGUACGACUCAGUGAAACGUAACGAAUUGUGGCAGAUCAUGUUAGAACAUGGCUUUCCGACAGAGCUUAUUAGACUGAAUCGUGCGACGCUCGAUGGAUCGAAAUCAAGCGUUAAGCUGGGACGACAUCCAAUGCUUUCGUGA